UGUUGCACGCCACUUUGAUGCACACUGAGAUGCAUCUGCUUCCAUGCAUCUCACCUAAGCGGGACCAAUGGAGGAUACGCAUGACGUGACUCAUUUUCACCUACGGACCUUUUGUUUUUCAUGAUCUUCACGCAUAAAUGUCCUCAUUCUUAACCAGAUAAAAAAUCAUCAGCACAGGGAGGACCCUACAGGAGAAAGGUAAGCUUUAUGUGUGUCAUUUUGUCCAUCCCGCCGUUGUUUUUUGGUUUUGUUUCGUGCUGGUUUCAUUUGAAUUUAAUGACAUCCUGUCGCCUGUCUCGAGGCUGGAUGACAUGAGCUCGCACAACCGGAGCCAAAGCAGUGCGCGGCGCAGCGACUACGUGUGGCAAUAUGAAUAUUAUGACGAGGAGCCCGUCUCUUUUGAGGGACUCAAAGCACACAGAUACUCCAUAGUAAUCGGAUUCUGGGUUGGACUUGCAGUGUUUGUUAUUUUUAUGUUUUUUGUUCUCACACUGCUAACCAAGACAGGAGCGCCACACCAAGAAAAUCCUGACUUUGAGAACAUCCAUGGUCCACGAAGUGGUCUUGUGGACAUCACUGGUCCAAGAGAUGACAACGACAAAGCCUUUUCUCGUCCCUUCCUGCCAGAGUCCCGCCCCUACUUCAACUUCUACAUCAGUGAGGAUGAAGAUGGUAAGAGGAGGCAAAAGCCAGACGAGAAGCAGACCGGGGCACAAAAGGCAGGAGGUGCCACCCCUCUCGUGAUGGAUCAGGAGGACGAAGACGUUGGUCUAGUAGAUGAGAGGACGACAGACAGAGACUGCGCAUUCUUGUCCCACUUCAACAUCCCAAACUUUAUCAACUUUGAGCACAACUCCUCGGUGGGAGAGGAUGAGCUCCUGUGUGAGCCGCCCCUGACACUCGGCCAGAACAAGCGUGAUCCACACAGUGACAGCCACAGACAAUCUUUAAAAAGAGCAUGGACGCCUUCCUUGGAGGACAUCACAGGAGCCUGGGAACCUGCUUAACCUCAGAACUUGAUUAAAUGAUUUUUUCCAACAACCAUCUUGCAAAUAUUUACUUACGAUAGCAUCUAGGGGCCAUUUUGGAUCAAAAUACAACUAUGACGCUUUCAUUGGGAAAAUAAUUUAGAGUAUUUCAUUUGCUUCCUGUUGAACAGCAAGAAAAUAAAAGCACCAGAAAUGAUUUCACAGCUGCCCUUAGGACAGUACACAGUAGGUGUUCAAUCAUGACCACACAAUGUACCGGUAGGCGUUUUUUAAAAUAGACACCAUCGUCCUCUUGCUAGUUAUUGAUGGUGACGCCAUCCUGUCCAAUCAUACAAAGGACUACAAGGGUUGCAGUGGAAAAAUACAGUAAUACUACAAAUAUACAGUGAGGGAAUUGCAAGGAUAAAGUCAGAGUUACGAGAAUAGGAUAGAACAGGUUGUCAAAAUUGACACGUUAAUGCAGAUUCAUCCAACGUCAUUAUCAAUCUGAUUAAAAUCUGCAAUGCAAUCAACCCAUCUGACUCAAAAUCCUUCAAACGUCUCUGGCAAUGCAUUUUGGACAGUUUGUUCAAGUAGCGUGACCGGCGUGCAUGCUCGGAUGGGCAGUUGGCAGGUGGUGACAGGCUGCAUAACCAAACAUCUCAAUGUGGAAGACGCUAAACAGCAUGUUGGCCCUCUCGAUGGGAAACUGGAGUACAAAACACUGUGACCGAAGAGUUGACCGACUCAAAGUACCACGCACACAUUUUAUUUUAAAACUUAUUUAAAAUAAAAUAAUAAAAUACGGGUUUUUUAAAUGCUGUUUCUGCGUCAACGGGCUAUGAAAAAGCCUUUAUACACCCCUGCACCAGUUUUUCCCUCCUGAUAAAGUUUGAAUAACUGUGCCUCCUUUCGGGAAACACUUGUGUCAGACUGCUGUGAGUGUGUUUCAACUGUCUUCUU